CUUUAGUAGCUUCCGUAAUGUUAUCAUGUGCUCGGACGAAACAGUUGAACGCAACUGCUGGUAUCAAAGCAAAAAAGUUCGUGUUAACUAAACGCACAAUGCAUCUUUAGUAUGUCAUUACCAACGCAUCGAAACCUGCAUGCUGUCAAAUAUCAUGCCGAGCAUGGGCUACAGUUGGAUUCGUUACGAAUACGGUCGUCGACCAGCAAUUUGUAUCUUUCUCACUCUUAUUCUGCACAUCACAGAUGCCACGGUAGUUUUCCACGAACGUGUCACCGGGUCAGUCGGCAGCGGAAACUUCACAUAUUAUGCCUUGUCCACGGAGGGUGCGACAACCAUAUUCCUGCAUCCCCUGCUAGGGGAUCCAGACCUCUACAUUGGAGAGGGCGACACACAGCCAACGUACGACCUCAGCAAACACAGGUUACAAUCCACAACCUGUGGACUGGAACGAAUCGACAUUCCACGGAGCUUCAAGCGGCCCAUAGGCAUCGGCAUCUACGGUCAUCCGUCUCACGAGGUCAGCAUAUACGAACUUGAAGUGCAAGUCGACAACAGCAGGGACACAUUUUUUGACGACUACGGUUAUGCCAGUGACGAAACAGCUUCGGACCAACCUUUCGAGAGCAAAGUUCAAAAUGAACACUAUUCUGAAGACGGAGGCGAGGAAGAAUCAAUGCUUUGGACAAUUCUUGUGGGAAUAUUGAAGAUAUUUUUGGAAGUCCUCACAACCUGAUGAUAGUCAUUAAAGUGUGGGCUACUGUGA